GUCGGGGGUUCGGGAGGCGAUUAAAUUAAAUAUAAAAUAUAAAUUAUAUUCCCCCUACAAAACACACAAUUUACCACUACAGAUGUAGCUGUAUGAAAGAAAUACGGAACGAAGAGAAAAUAAUAAUUAUUUGAAUAAAUAAAGUGUAGCCAGUUCGGAUUCUAUCAAACAAACACAAGCAAAACACAUGAUUCUGAAAAGAAACGCGUCUUUGGUAAUAGAUUGGAGAAGGAUAGACAAUGUUGCGCUCAGAUACAAGCGAAGAGUGUACUUGGAAGAGGCUGGCGGUGGCCAGGGUGACGGAGGAUGGAAUAGUAGUAGUGACUGUUUAGCGGGUGUACGGGCAUUGUGUACAUUAAGCGCGGCAUACGAUUCCAAAAGUAUUACUAAAUUUCGUUCCACUAUGGCUUUGGGUCUCUCGUUUCUGCUUUCAGGCAGGCAUGGUUUUGUUGUUACAUCUAUCUUUAUCUGAGAUAAGAACUAAACCCUGGGGAAGACUGUAUACUGAAGAGAAGACAAUGUGGAAUAUAACCUUAGUCUUACACACAUGAAAACUAAAAGUGUUUACCAGUGCCUCCUGUUUUGUUGCGUACCAGGAUCCUUUCACAUGUGUUUAUCCUAACCAAAGCGAAGAGGACUAGAAUGAAGAAUACGAAAUCGAUGGAACGUUAAAGAAGCCAGCAAAGAGAUUAGGGGCUGAUUCACGAGUUGCAGAUCUAACGGACUUAACCUAAGAAAACGGCGAAGAGUUAUGAAUAAAAGUUAGCAAACCGCUUCCAUACUAUCGAUUGCUCAUAAGCUACAGAUGCAUUGCGCGAACAAAGUGAAGUGUCCUUUUAUCGUCUAUCUCUCUCGCACACCCGUUUGUCAGUUUCAAAUUUAAAACGUUAUCUCCGGUGCUCGCGCAACAAAAUCUAUACAACUAUCUAAAGAUAUCGUCUUUUAACAGUGUAUACGGAUAUCCCUCACAAAGCAAAGAGAAUAGAAUGCACUAAGAAAUCGCAAUAAGAUAGUAAUGUGCUCCUGGUUGCGCGUUUGUGUUAGUUGAAUCAAGAUUUCACGCACACAGCAGUAACGACGGCGGAGAGACCACGAUGGGGGUUUUCGACUGAUUCCAAACAAGAGGGAGAGCCGAAAGCGUACUACGAACAUACAUAUAUAAUAUAUAAACAAAAAUGAUACGCCGCUAAUUGCACAGUCAAACAGUUAAAGCAAAAUAAUUGGCCCCAAUUUUGAAAAAAAAAUCAUGUCAGAAUAUGAAGUUUUGUACGAGUUGAAAUAAUGUUGUAAAUAGCAUGCAAGAAACAUUGGACAGAGUGAAUAAUGUAUCUAAUCAUAAAUUUCACAUGAUUACUAUUGGCUGUGUAAAAGUUUGAUUAAAAAAUAUAACCUGGUACGGACUGGGUAGGGGAAUUGUCUCUCCUUGAAUGGGAAAUCGAUACCAUGUUGGGAAAAUAGCGAUCACAAAAAAAAUUUGAAUGAGAGACAAUAAUUGUUUAAUUGGUGUGAAUAACUGCAGUUGUAAAUUGUAAAAUAUAAGUUAAUAAUUGAUAUAUAAGAUCACUGCAACUUAUAAGAGGUUAAGGUUAACAGGGCGUUAUACAAUGUAAAUAGCGCAGGACUUUCUGCUGUAAACAUUACCGACCUUCUGUGCAAAUUCAUUGUCUUCUAUUCCGUUCUUCAUUUGAAUAUUCAACUUCCUUUUCUUUGGUGUAAAAUAUCUCAGAUACUUCCAGCAUUUGAUUCGUAUAUCUUCCUUGGCUGUUAAAAAUUUGGUGAAUUUAUUUAAUAAGUUCAACCAUGAGAAACACUAAAUCUAGCUCUGCUUCUAGGAAGCGAAAACGUUCUGCUCUAGGCAGCGAUGCUGCAUCAUCAAAAAGGCCGCGUAUGGAUGAUGAGGAGGUUAAACUAGCUAAGAGCUUAGUUGGGAAAGAAGGAACACCUGCAUUUACACGAUUUCUAGAUUUUUUGAUUACAGGUGAAGGUGCGAAAUAUUUGAAAAUCAUGCGGGAGAAAGGGAUAAAUCUUUCGAAUGUAUCGAGUAUUCUAGGUAGAUCAGGAGCAGCUGCCCCUAAAGCUUUUGAAGAAUUAUUCAAUCUUUGGUUUGACAAAAACGGUAACAAAACGCGGUAUCUGACAAAUCUGGAGGAAAAAGGGGUGAAUAUGUCCAAUAUGUUCAGCAUGUUAAGUGGAGCAGGAGCAAACGCUCCAAAAGCAUUCAAAGAUUUGUAUGACUUAUGGUUCGACGCCGAAGGGAAUAGUACACAGUACCUAACAAGUCUUGAGGGAAAUGGUGUGAGUCUGGCUAACAUGUCCAGCAUUUUGAACGGAGCCAGAGCUAAUGCUCCCUCUGCUUUCAAAGACCUGCAUAGCAUGUGGUUUGAUGAGAACGGCAAAAAAACCAAAUACAUCAAAUCCCUCCAAAAAGCAGGAAUUAAUUUAUCGAAUUUAUCCAACAUUUUAAAUGGAGCCGGAGCAAGUGCCCCUGAAACUUUCAAAAAUCUCUAUCAUGAAUGGUUUGACGAUAGAGGUAACAAAACUUUCUGCUUAAAAACUCUCGAAAGAAACGGAAUAAGCCUUUCCAACAUUUCAAAUAUUUUGAAUGGAUCAGGUAGUAACUCUGUCGAGGCAUUCCAGAAUCUUUACGGCUGUUGGUUUUGCUCUACAGGCGAACAAACAAGUUAUCUGCAAAAUUUAAGAGAAAAAGGCAUUAGUCUACCUAUCAUAUCCAGCAUUUUGAGUAAAACAGGAACUAGAGCCUUUGAAACUUUUCAUGAUUUGUAUGACCUUUUCUUCGAUCGCGACCGAGAGAAAACGAAAUACUUAGUAAACCUCGAAAAGGAGGAAAUUAACCUGGCUAGCAUGUCGAGCAUCUUGAAUGGGGCGGGACUUAAAGCGCCCAAAACUUUCAAACAGUUGUACCAUAUUUGGUUUAAUAGCAAGGGGAACAAAUCACAAUACUUAGAAACUUUGCAAAAAGAAGGAGUUAACUUAACUAAUGUAUCCAGUAUCUUACACGGAGCAGGAUCAGAUGCACCGGAAGCUUUUCAAGCCUUAUAUAAUCUUUGGUUCGAUGGAGAAGGGAAUAAAACGCAGUACCUGAAAACUUUGGAGAAGGAAAAUAUUAGUUUGGCAAAUUUGUCAAGCAUCUUAGGCGCAUCUGGUGCCAAAGCUGACGUUGCUUUCAAAGAGUUGUAUGAUUUAUGGUUUGAUACUGAUGGUAACAAAACUCAAUAUUUGCAAAAUCUAGAAAAGGAAGGUAUUCAGGUAGUUAAUAUUUCUAGUAUUUUACAUGGAUCAGGAGUUAAUGCCUCCAAAGCAUUUAAGGAUGUUUGCGAUCUCUGGUUUGAUGAACAAGGAAACCAAACUUCAUACUUGAAAGUCUUAGAAAAAAACCAAAUAAAUUUGGCUAACAUCUCUAGUAUUCUUAAUGGUACAGGAUCUAGUGCUCCUAGGGUCUUCAAAGAUUUAUAUAACACUUUGUUCGACGCAAAUGGAAAUAAAAAACGAAUUUUGAAAAAUUUCAUGGAAGCAAAAGAAGAAAAAGAAGAAGUUUUCACUAUCCAUAACCUAUCCGGCAUUUUAGGCGAAGCAGGGACUAAUGCGAAACUCGCUAUUGAGAGAUUCCACAACCUCUGCUUCACAAGAAAUGACGAACCUUCUCCUGUGCUAAAGUCCUUUUAUACUGCAGGUUUCAAACCGAACAAUUUAUCCGCAAUUUUGUGUGGAGCAGGUAUUCGUGCUGACAAGCGUCUGCGGAAAUUGCACGAAAUGUGCUUUGAUACAGAAGGUAACAAAACGAGUCUUUUAAAUGAUUUCUUUGAUGCAGGUUUUAGACCAAGUGAUUUAUGUAGCUUGCUUAGUGGAGGGUCAAAUAAUCUUCGAGAGCUGCAUUCCUUCUGCUUCACGGGACGCUCGAAAGAACUUGUAGAGAAUAUUUGGAAGGCAGGCUUUACUCCUCAAAAUAUCUCAGGAAUUUUUCAUGGAGAAAAAGGAAACAUUUAUUUCGGGUUAUACGACUUUAAUAGUGUUUGUCUCACUGAGAAAGGUAAUAAAUAUACUACACUCUUAAAGGAUUUUUGUAUGACAGGUUUUAUGCCGAGUGAUUUGGCUAAUAUUCUGGCUAUGGCAGGAAAUAAUGCGGCAACCAUAUUAAAAAAUUUCCAUGAGCUCUGCUUUAAAAAGAAGUUUUUGAAUCAUUUUUUGAAUGAAGAGGAAGUUUUUACUCCGAAGAAUAUAUCAAGGAUGCUUCACAGAGCAGGAAUUAACAUUUGCUCAAUUUUUGAAAAAUUACAUGAGCUUUGUUUUGAUAGUGCAGGGAAUAGGACUAAAUAUUUGAAUAAACUUGUCAAAAAUCACAAGAAUGAGGUGUUUAGUCUCUUAUAUGAAAAAGUCAGAGGAGUUCCUUUCACCUGCUCUGAGGAACCAACUGAAUAAUAGGAAAAAUGGAAUAGAAGAAAUGAAUUUGUAGCGUAUCUUGUAUCUUAACCUUUCUAAAUUUUCUAAUCCUAACUACAACUUUCAAUAUUGUCAAAAGUACAAGUUAAGUCUCCAAUGAUUAUAAAUAAAAUUAGAGCCAAUAAUAAAGAUUAAAUUAAAU